UGUGUAUCUGUGAAACACAAGCUGUGUUUGUAACAAAACUAAAGAGGUUGAUAUAUCACGAGAGGUCACGACCCUUGAGCUAAAGGUCACUCACAGUUCAUUUACAGGACAAAAGCUUCUCUCUCAUUAACUAAAUACAGCUCAGUGUGGUGUAAAGGGCGUCAAGCGUGUCUGUUUUCUGCGCUGUUGAAAGUUUCUGUGUCAUUUCUGGAUGAUCAUGUGUAAAAGUGUAAACAGGUCGGUGGCAUGACCGCUCAUAUCUCACACGGUAAAAAUAGCAGCUCGCUCACACAGAAUCCUAAAUAGAUAUGAGCUGUAAACACGAGUCUGGAGCCGGCGUGUGACACAGACCUUCUGUCAGCAUCCAACAUGAGAUCAGAGCGGAUUGGCAUUGACAUUCCUGUUUACCAUCUCUCACUGAUCCGAGAACUGUGGGAGGGCCGGGUGAAAACACACAGACAGAAGCAGAAGAAAGAAGAAGAGAGACUCAGCAGAAGUGCUCUGGCCAAGGUGAAUGAACAGUGGCAGUAUCGCAUCGCAUGCAGAAAGUUAAAGAGAGUUGAGGUGGAGACGCUGCAGUGUUAUCUGGAGAGAUCCACUCUCGCACAACUCAACAUUCUGCCAACAGUUAAUAAAGAUAAUGAAGACGAGGACCGAAAAUUUAUUUUUGAGUUGACCGGAAAGAAAUGGAUGAAGUUACCUGAAGAUCUUCAGUACAUGACUUACCUGAAGGAAUGGCACAUCCGUGAAACAAGGAUUCCCGAGAUUCCCGCUUACAUCCAGGCGUUCGUGGAUCUGCGUGUGCUGGACGUCCCGAGGAACGGCCUGACAAAGAUUCCUGUAGAGAUCGGAAAACUCAUCAGCUUAAGAGAAUUAAACCUAAGUUAUAAUAAAUUAACCAUUAUUCCACCUGAACUGGGAGACUGUGAGAAUCUGGAGCGAUUAGAAAUGACGGCAAACUUCAAACUAGAAGAGUUACCAUUUGAGCUGAGGAAUUUGAAAAAACUGAAGCAUUUGGACUUGUCGGAAAACACAUUUGCUAGCAUUCCCAUCUGUGUCCUCCGCAUGGAUGGCCUGAAAUGUUUGGAUAUGAGUAACAACCGACUCAAGGACCUGCCUGAAGACAUCGACAGGAUUGAAGCUUUAGAGACUGUGUUCCUACACAAGAACAAGAUCAAACACAUCCCUCUGUCCAUGAGUAACAUCUCACAUCUGAAGAUGCUGGUGCUCAGUGCGGAUGAGCUCAUCAGCAUCCCCUCCAAAUUGGCGGAUGAUCCUCAGAUCAAAUUAGUCCGAUUAUAUGACAAUCCGAUACACGCUGACGAUGAAGAUGAAACUGCAACGGACGAACGCGACAGAGAAUUCAUGAACACAUACCUGCAAACUCUCGAGGACAGAGAGACUCUCCCAAUAUACACAACAAAAGUGUCCCUGAGCUGUCUUCUGUAAGAACAUCUCAUUCAGCAGUUUUGUGUCCUCAGCAGUAUGAAGUUUCUUCAGUCUUGAAUGAUACGGUUUUAUUUUCUCAUUCCGAGUGUUUUGGAAACAUAGAUGCAGGUUGCAAUGAAUUUCACAUUGUGAUUGCGCAUCUAGUGUAAAUCUAGUUUAUUGUGUGUGUUUGUGACCAAACACGGUUGUUUCACAGCAUGAUGAUAAAAUCUAUUACCUGUUGGACUUGUGAUGUAAUGGCUGUCUAUGAUUUAACUUAUUCCUGUAAAUUUGUUUUACAAAAUGUUAUAUAAGAUAAAAACAAAGAUAAUUUGUUUGCACUUCAUUCUAAUUGAAUCUUUAUGCAUUUUGCCUUCUUGCAUUCAAUAAACACACAAUGU